UUGCACGUGUGGGGGCUAAGGAGUGUGGACUGUCAGGGCUGCUGCUUCUGCUUCGCACAGUGGGUACAUCUCCUGGUGCUGCCUCGCAUCCAUCCCCCCCUUUUACCCAUGCUGCCUCCCUGCUUCAUCUCUCGCUCCUCAGGUUGCUUUCGAGUUGGCAAUGCGCAGCUCCCGAGGCGCUGCAGCAGAAAGCAGAAGCUGGCUGUGUCAAUCCCCACCUGGAUGCUGCUGCUGCCUGGGUCCAGGAAAGGCUGCACCUGCUGCUGCUGAGGCUCGUCGUCGUGUGUUGCCAAAUGGGAGGGACAAGACCCCUGGUGCUGUUGGUGGUGCAGUUGCUGGAGAGGGAAACAAUCGCAGAUUCGUAGUGUCAUCACCCGACGUAUUGUUCGGAACUCUUCAAUCUGUUUCCGAGUCACAAGUUGGAGGUGGAAGGUGGAACAGGAUUUGAGAAAGAGAGUGAAAGACAGCGCAAGCAGAGGAGGAGGAGGAGGAGGAGGAGGAAGAAGAAGAAUAAGAAGAAGCUCUCUUUGAACUUGAAAAGGCAACGGGUACAUUCUUUAAUUGUCACAGUUCAAAUGAGUUUCUAGCGUCUCAGCAGGGAAGCGUGGACAAGGUUUAAGCGGCCAGUCGCUUCUAGAAGUUUGUUUGUGAAUGUUGCAUUGUUCGGCAUGAUAGCUCAUUGAAGAUGAGAGCACUGUGGUGUACAAGGUGGUGAUGCUUGUGAACCGAUGAGAAAGGGCUUUGGUUGGUUGAUCAGAUUUGAGUUCAGGGGGAGAGAAUGGGGUGCUUGUGGUCGAAGCACUUCGAGGCCCCUGUGUCCACUCCAGCAAUUCCAGAAGUAGAUCAUAUUAAUUCAGGCGCAGAGAACGGACGACGAGUUGAACCAGAAGAAGUUCCAGCGUUCAGAGAAUUCACUUUGGAGUCAUUGAGAGCGGCCACCAAUUCCUUUAGCAGUGAUCAGAUAGUUUCAGAAAGUGGAGAGAAAGCACCUAAUUUUGUGUAUAAAGGCAGGUUGGAUCAAAAACGUUUCAUUGCCAUCAAACGCUUCCCUAAGGCUGCCUGGCCUGAUGCCAAAGGCUUUGCGGAUGAAGCAUGGAAGGUGGGCCAAGUUCGGCACGAAAGAUUGGUGAAUCUAAUUGGGUACUGCUGUGAGGGUGAUGAGCGUCUUCUUGUCGCGGAGUAUAUGCCAAAUGACACUCUCGCAAAGCAUUUGUUCCACUGGGAAAAGCAGCCAAUGCAAUGGGCGAUGCGGUUGCGAGUUUCUUUGUAUAUUGCACAGGCUUUAGAUCAUUGUGCCAAUAGUAAUCUACGUUUGUACCAUGAUCUCAAUGCCUACCGCGUCCUGUUUGAUCAGGAUGGAGACCCACGUCUCUCCUGUUUUGGGCUCAUGAAGAACAGCAGAGAUGGGAAAAGCUACAGCACCAAUCUGGCUUACACUCCUCCUGAGUACUUAAGAACAGGGAGGGUGACGCCUGAAAGUGUCAUUUACAGCUACGGAACGGUUCUGCUGGAUUUGUUGAGUGGGAAGCAUAUACCUCCUAGCCAAGCUCUGGACUUAAUUCGUGGCAAGAAUAUGAUCCUGCUCAUGGAUUCGUCCUUUGGAGGACAGUUCCCAAAUGAUGACGGCACAGAGUUGGUUCGACUCGCAUCUCGCUGUUUGCAAUUUGAACCUCGAGAGCGCCCGAAUGCGAAGAUGCUUGUUAGUGCACUCACUCCUCUGCAGCGUCGAACAGAGCAAAUCCCUUCGUACACGUUGAUGGGUAUCCAAAGAGGAGAUCGUCGAGCUUCUCCCCCUCUUCCGUUGUCACCACUGGGCGAGGCGAUUGCUCGAAAUGAUCACACAGCGGUGCACGAAAUUCUCGUGAAAACUGGCUAUAAAGAUGAUGAAGGUGCAGAGAAUGAGCUUUCCUUCCAAGUGUGGACAAAGCAGAUGCAGGACAUGCUGAAUUCUAGGAAGAAGGGAGAUAUGGCAUUCCGUGACAAGGACUUCAAGAUGGCCAUUGAUUGCUACACGCAGUUUGUCGAUGUAGGCACUAUGACUUCGCCCACCGUUUUCGCUCGUCGAAGUCUAGCUUACUUACUUAGCGACCAAGCCGAAGCAGCCUUGCGUGAUGCUAUGCAAGCCCAGUACGUGCACCCCGAGUGGCCGACCGCUUUCUACAUGCAAGCAGCAGCUCUCGGCAAGCUCGGAAUGGAGACUGAUGCUAGCGACAUGCUGAAAGAAGGCGCUGCACUCGACUUGAAGAAAGCCAACAGUUUCCAUCGUUGAAGCGGGCGAGAGACUUCCCAUUUCCCCAUUCUCAUUGAAUCUCUUUUUCCCCUCAUCCCUGAAAAUCCAUGAAGCAAGCUCAAGGUUUUGUGGUAGAUUCCACCGCAGAUAUGGGCCCUGCUUUCUCUCGGUCUCGAACGCGAAUGACAUGUUGGAACACGCAUUGUGACCAGAAGCGUGAGUAGAAUCAGAUUUUCUCUGCUUGAGCAGAACCAGGGAGGUGAGGAAUGAGUCUCGCUCCCAUUUGGGUCGAGAGUCUCUCUUGCCCAAGUGUGAAUCAGUCAUGGCAGGUAGAAGGCAAUACAAUGGUGGGAGUUGGGGUGUAAAAUAAGAACUUUGGGGUGCUAGAUUUAUGAUCAGCUCUGCCGUCUU